GAAAUUUAUCGCGGUUGAGUGAGUUAUAUAUGGAUAACAAUAGCUUUGAAGGAGCUAUUCCCUCGAGUCUAGGAGAGUGCACAAAUUUAUUAUACUUGACACUUUCAGAAAACAACCUCAGUGGGCCUGUAUCUUCUCAACUGUUCCAUGCUUCAAUGUUACUCGAACUUCAUUUGGAUCAAAAUCAUCUGCAAGGAGUCUUCCCUGUGGAGAUUGGUCAGUUGAGGAAUUUAGUGGUGUUAGACAUAACAAGAAACGCGUUCUCAGGAAAGGUUCCAUCUAGCAUUGCUAGUUGCAUUGGCCUUCUUGAACUUCAAAUGGGAGAAAACUUCUUUACUGGUUCGAUUCCUCAAUCUUUCAAGUCUCUAACUAGUAUCAAGACCUUGAAUUUAUCUCAUAACAGACUGUCAGGCCAAAUUCCGGAUUUCUUGUCUAAUUUUUCAUUACUAGGAUUAGAUGUAUCUUUUAAUGAUUUAGAGGGAGAGGUUCCGAGAAGAGGAGUUUUCACAAAUAUAAGUGCUGUGACAACUUUGGGAAAUAAAAAGCUUUGUGGAGGGAUUCCUGAGAUUCAUUUGCCAAAAUGUUCAACCAAUACUACCUUGGCAAGAGGGUCUAAAAGGAGGGGUAGAUUCUCUGUUGCUGUGACCCUGAUUAUCGCGGUAGCUUCAUUAGUUGUUGGUGUGUCGAUAAUCUCAGCAAUAUAUUUCCUGAUGUGUAUUAGGAAUAAAAAGAACAAGCUAUCUCAGGAAUCGUUGUUGAACUUGAAGGAGCCUUUCUCAAAAGUAUCUUAUAAUAUUCUUCUGAAGGCAACUGACAGAUUUUCGGAAGCAAACUUAAUAGGUGCAGGCGGUUUUGGUUCUGUUUAUAAAGGAGUCCUUGACCCAGAAAACAGCAUGGUUGUAGCCAUUAAGGUUAUCAGCCUUGAACAGAAAGGAGCGAGGAAGAGUUUCAUGGCAGAGUGUGAAGCAUUGAAAAAUAUCCGUCAUAGGAACCUGCUUAAGAUUGUCACUGCUUGCUCGAGUACUGACUUCCAAGGGAAUGAUUUUAAGGCAUUAAUUUACGAGUUCAUGCCAAAUGGAAACCUUAGACAAUGGAUUCACAUUGAACAACAUACGAAACCUCUAAGCCUCCUCCAAAGAUUGAACAUUGCCAUCGAUGUUGCUUGUGCACUUGAUUAUCUGCACAACAGUUGUGAUGUUCCUAUAAUCCAUUGUGACCUCAAACCAAGCAACAUUCUUCUUGACAGUGACUUGGUUGCCCAUGUUGGAGACUUCGGGUUAGCUACAUUUCACUCGGAUGCAAGGACUUAUAAUAGCAAUUCAGUUGCAGUUAAAGGGACAAUUGGAUAUGCUGCUCCAGAGUACGGCCUAGGAAGUAUGGUAUCAAAGGAAGGUGACAUGUACAGCUGUGGCAUCGUGUUGAUAGAGAUGAUGAGCACUAUAUAUCCCACAAAUAGGAUGUUCGAGGGAGAUUUAGACCUUCAUAAGUAUGCAAAAUCAGCAUUGGCUGACCAAUUAACAGAGAUUAUCGACCCAAAGCUUUUUGAUGAUAAUGUUGUUGCAAGCAGUGGAAGUCAAUAUGUAGCUUUGGCACGAUAUGACUGUUAUGUUAAAUGUGUAUGGUCUGUCAUAGACAUCGGCGUGAAGUGUUCUGUGGGAUCACCUCAAGAUCGAAUGAGAAUCGAAGAUGCCAUUAGAGAGCUAAAAAUAACACAGGAGAUGUUCCUUAAAGAGCUAAGCGUUGUUGAAGCAAUGCAUUUUUUAGGUUUCUAUGCUGCACUUGUUGAAAUUUUAGGCUCUUACAGUCUGCAGGAAUAUGUGCUAGGUAUCUGAAAGAUAUGAGGCUCUUACAUACAAAAAUGUUAAGAUAGAAUUAUGUGGAGAUAUGAUAAUUAUGUUAUGUUAUGAUUUGCAUAGGAUAGAAUAUAGCAUUAUUUGAUCUUAGCCAGAAUAUUUCCUAAGGUCAUCAUAUCUUUGUACUCUUAUUAUAGUCUUUGCCAUCACAACAAUGAAUCGUUUUGCCUCACAAUA